AUGAGCAGCGGUGACCGCUCCUGGACCCCUGCAUUGCGUUCCUCUUUUGCGCCUGAACGGCAUGAUGUAAUCUACAUGCCUGUUCCAGUGUUCCUUGAGACUUUUUCCAGCAUUGAGGAGGUCUUGCUUGGGGGCUUGAUGCUGCCGAGCUGGCACUUUAACAGCGAGUGGGGUGAGGGUACGAGUGGAGGCAACCCCACCCUUGUGACGUGGCGUGAGAACCCACUGUAUGUGGUGCGGAACACUUCUGAGGAGCCCUUGCAGAUUAUAGCGGCGAUUGGGCAGCCGGAUCAGCGACACAAGCUUCAUCUGAUGCCAAAUCGGGAGUUGAAUUACAUCCAAUGCGGUCUUGUUCUCUCGCAGAGUACGGAUACGACGAUGAUUCCCACUUAUCUGGUGACAGGCAACAAUCAUCGUAUGGUGCAUACGAGACUUUUUGUGGACUCCCGUGAGUUGGUAAACCUUGUUACGGUGCCUCCCCAGUCUCUCUGCUAUCUUGUCCCCAGCGCCAUGUUUCACGAGCAAGGCAAAUUUUUGCUUUCGUAUUGGUAUCAGAAGCGAGCCGAUUUGAAGCAAAUGAAGAUUGAGCGACUGAGUGUGAAGGUUGAACGCCGCCUGCCUGCAAUUAGGCACCUUGAAUUGAAGAACAAGGGGAAGGAUCGUGUGGACUUUCUUGUCGAUGUUCCCACUGACAUCCACAUUCUUGUGCGGCAGGAGAAGCCGUUUAAGUCGUCCACGGGUGGUGAUGCCAUGACUGAAGACUUUAUUGGUUCCUAUCUUUAUGACGGCGAUGACAGGCGCAUUCAAGGCGUCACAUUAGCGACAAACUACCGGGAGAUAGGUCUCGUACACAACCUCCCUGAGCCUGGCCGUUACGCCAUUUGUGUCACGUGUCCGCACAGCAAAGGCAUUGUGCCCUGCAAGGUGGAGGUUGUUGGCGUGGAGCCGGCACACGUGCGCAUCACGGACCGUCCAGAGAGAGCUGGGGAGCUUGGAGAGGUCAAUCUGGACUUUCUCGACGCGCAGCUGGAGUCCGUGCCGCUUGAAGAUCUUCACCUACAUGAUGACAAAACAAUGCAGGGACUUCUCGCCAUUUUGAACGAGUUGCACAAGGAUCCUAAAGGAAAUGAGGAACAGAUUCGUGCUCUUGAACAGAAAAUAAAGGAUCAUGCGAGCGCCAUGGCAAAGAUGAUUGUCGGGAAGGAUCGAUCAAAGUACCUCCAAGGGCAUGAUCUAGAUUGGUUGAAUCCUUUUCUUGACUGCGAUGAGGAUUACAUGUCUACCGAACGGCUUCUCUAUGAGCUGAAGAAAGACCCACGAAAUGCAGCCAAAGUACAACGUCUGGAGGAGCUGCUAAGGCAGAAGGCAGACGCCAUUGCUGAGAGGGCAAAAAAGCCUGAUUUUUCCUUUCUUGACCCAGUACAGGAGGGCAUUCCCAUUCAGGAGAUAGAUCUUAUGGGCGAUGAUGCGUUUGCUGCAAUGAUGCGUGAGCACAUGAAACUCAGUAGGGACCCUCUUGCGAAUGCGAAAAAGAUUGCUGCCCUCGAAGCGGAGAUGAAUAAACGUGCUCGUGAAAUGGCUGCGGAGAUCCAUGCCAAGGAGCGUACCUUUCUUGAUCCAGAGCCUGAGGGUCGCUACCUCUCUGAACUUCCGCUGAAUACUGACGCUUUGUUUAUGAAGUGUGAAGCUGAGCGACGCAAGGCAAAGAAGGAGGGUGCGAACUCUCGGCACAUAUUGGCCUUGGAGGAGCAAAUGAAUGCGCGUUCACACCAGCUGGCAAAAGACAUGAACGCGGGGGAACGCCCGAAAUAUAUGAAGGCGGAGUACUUUAGGGUUCCUUUAACGGAACUGCCGUUGGACAAUGACGGGGAAUUUGGCCGCCUUGAGGCUGAGCGUGCUCAUCUGUGUCAUGACCCAAAGAAAAACGUCUCACAAAUCGCCGAAGUGGAAGCGACGCUGAACAGGCGUGCUGGGGAAAUGGCUGCUGAGUUUGUUCGCCAGAACCGAAUGUUUCUGGGUGAUGAGUUGGAAGGUGUAAAGGUGUGUCAUUUGCCACUUGACGACGAUACCGAGUUUACUCGUUUGGAGGCAAAGCGUGCCGCAUUGAAGAAGAGCGAUCCACAGAAGAACGCGCAGGCUAUUAAGGAUAUUGAAAAUCAACUGCUGGAACGGGCGUCGUAUCUUGCGAAGCGGCUGAAGCAUGAGCUUCGCAAAGUACUUGACGCACGUCCAUUAGGAGUUCCUCUGGAGUCUCUUCCACUUGACGAUGAUGAGCGGUUUCGUUCUCUCGAGAACGAUUUCCGUGAGCUCGGUUCGGACCCUCGCAACAGAGAGAAGGUAGAGAAGAUUAUUGACAAGCUGAAUGCGCGGGCACGCGAGAUGGCCCAAGAGCUGCAUGAGAAGGAGCGCGGUGUUUUGAACCAGUAUAUAGAGGGAGUUCCGCUUUCGUCGCUACCGUUAGAUGCCGAUGAGGAGUUUAACGCCUUGGAGAUGGAGGCGCGUGCGCUGCGAAAGGCUGCAGGCAGCCGGGGAAACGCCUCAGCGCAGCUGAAGGAGCUGGAGGAUGCGAUGAAUCAGCGUGCGGCUGAGUUGGUCCAUGAGUCACGCAAGGCCUUCUGUGGUGCUGCCCCAGAGGGCAUACCACUGGAGCUGCUGAGGCUUGGCGACGAUAAGGAGUUCAUAAAGAUGGAGGAGAAGCUUCGGGCCCUCCGGAAAGAUCCGAGUGCGAACAAGGAGGCCAUCAGCAAUCUUGAGCAUGACCUGAAGAAAAGAGCGCAUGAAAUUGCUAAGAAACUGUUGGAAGGCGAUCGAAGCUACUUGGACACCAAGCCAUGCGGGGUGCCGCUUGCUGUGCUGAAUAUUGACAACGACCCGAUAUUUCAUGCGCUGGAGGCCGAACGGGCAAAACUCAAGGCGUCGCACAGACCCCAGGACUCCCGGAAAGUUAAGGAGUUGGAGGACAAAUUGAACGAACGUCUAAUUGAACUUGCGAAAGAGCAGCUUGCAGAGGACCUGCGAGGUGUGGAGCAGACUCCUCGUGGCAUUCCUGUUAAUCUGCUGCGACCGCACGACGACCAAAAGUUUGGCGCAAUGGUGAAGGAGCUUCGUGUGCUGAAGGCUGACGCUGCAGCUAAUUCGGAUGAGAUACGCGCUCUGCAGGCCAAAAUGAGCAAACGUGUUGAUGAACUGGCGGGGGAUGUGUUGCAGGGCUGCCGCGACAAGCUGCAUCCCUAUCCGGAGAAGCUGCCGCUAAAGGAUCUUCCACUGAAUGAGGAUAAGGUCUUCUCCCAGACCGAACUGGAGUUGGCGAAGCUAAAGCUUGCCGAUGCUGCAGGGAACGCAGCUCGUAUUGCUGACCUGGAGAAUCAGUUGAACGACCGUGCAUUGCAUAUUGCUCGCGCAGUGAAGCAGAAGGAUCUUGAGGCACUCGAUGCGGCCCCACGCGGCAUUCCGUUGGCCCUUUUGAGACCACAUGACGAUGAGUUGUUUGCCUCCUUGGCAAAGGAGGCACGUGGUACUGGGAGCAAAUCCAAGGGUCUGUCGUCGCAAGCUACUGACGCAAUGAACGCGCGGGUGAGGGAGCUUGCCGAUCAGGCCCUCAAGGGUGAUCGCGGCUACCUUGACCCCGAGCCCAAUGGAAUUCCUUUGGGUAUGCUGCCGCUGGACACUGACCAAAAAUUCCAUGAGAUUGAGGUGGAGCGCGCGGUACUGAAGUUGACUGACGCGAAGAAGAACGCCAGCAAGAUCACAGCCCUUGAGGCCCGCCUCAACGACCGCGCACACGAGCUUGCCGAUCAAGUCUUAAAGGGUGAUCGUGGCUACCUUGACCCCAACCCGGAGGGAGUUCCCCUUGCCUGUCUUCCCCUCGACUUGGAUAAGAAGUUUCACAAGAUGGAGGUUGAGCGGUGCAAAUUGAAGGCGAAUGCUGAGCGCAAUGCCGUUGCGAUAGCUCGUCUGGAGGCUGCUUUGAAUGACCGUGCGCACGAGAUUGCGAAGGAACUCAAGGAGACGGAGCGUGCCAUCUUGAACACCACAUAUUAUGGAAUCCCGCGGGAGCUUUUGCCGCUUGACAAAGAUCGCUACUUCCGAGAUAUGGAGCAUCAGUUACGAGAGAUAAGGCAAAGUCCCCACCAUAAUGCAACUGAUAUUAGAAAUAUUCAGGAAAUGAUGCAAGCCCGUGCCGAUGAGCUGGGUCUGCAGAUGCUAAAGGGUGAUCGUUCUGAUUAUCUUGAACCCGAAUACGAGGGUGUUGAGCUUGUGGACGUGCCCAUUGACGAUGACAAGGUGUUCACCGAGCUGGAGCUGGAGCGGGCCAUACUGAAGGCAAAAGGUCACGACUCAAAAAAAAUAAAAGACUUGGAGGAAAAGCUCAGGAAUCGUUUUCAUGAACUUGCAAGGGAGCGCGUCCAAAAGGAUCGGAUGACUUUGGACCCUGAGCCCGAAGGUAUCCCUAUUCGGGAUAUUCCACUUGACGAAGACGCUAAUUUUAGGCGUAUGGAGGCGCAACUUCGGAAGCUUUCUCGCGAUAAAGAGCGCAAUAGAUCCGCCAUCUCUGAAAUGCGCGAAAGCUUGAAUUAUCGCGCUCAUGAACUUGCAAAGGAGGUCAUUGCAGAUGACCUGAAGUGUUUGAAGAAGGAAUAUCGCAUGCUUCCGAAGGAAGCAUUGAACCUGCACAAGGACGAGAAGUUUAGGGAUCUGGCAAAUCAACGACGUAUAGCCCGUAAAAGGGGUUGUUCUUCUGCUAAAAUGGCAAUUAUAGAAGAAGCUAUGGAUGCAAGGGCUUCUCAAAUUGCAGAUGAUCUCAUUCGGAGUGAACGCGCCUUUUUGGAUCCUGAACCUGAAGGCAUGGAUCUGGCAGAUGUUCCACUGGAUACUGACAAAAUCUUUCUCGCCAUGGAGGCUGAGCGUCGAGGGCUGGCAAAGGAUCCCCGAUCUCAAAACCAAAACAGGGAUGUAAUUUGUGAGCUUGAAGCGGGCAUGAAUGCGCGCUCUCAUGUUCUUGCCCUAGAAGAAUUUGGCAAGAUGCGUGUAUUCCUGGAACAAGAGCCGGAGGGAAUUGCCCUGAAGGAACUCCCGCUGGAUAUCGAUCCGGAGUUUCGGAGGGCGGAGGUGGCUCGGUACCGGAAGCUCAAGGAUCCGAAUCGCUCACCGAAGGCGUUAGAAAAGUUGGAAGCUGCGAUGAAUGAUCGUGUGCGCGAACUUGCAAGGGAGUGCCUUCGGAAGCUUCGUGCCUUCUUAGAUCCUGAGCCUGAGGGUGUGCCGCUGGCAGAGUUGCCGUUUAGCCGCGAUCCGGUGUUCCUUAAUAUGGAGCGUGACCUCGCCAAGCUGCGUAAGGCCCCCAAUGCCUCCCCAGAAACAGUAAGGAGUCUCGAGGAGCAUUUGAAAGAGCGUGUGAAUGAAAUCGCAAGGGAGUUCCUUCGAAAGGAAAGGACGUUCCUUGAUCCUGAGCCGUUUGGUGUUCCCCUCGAUGAUCUUCCUCUUAAUCAUGAUCCUGCUCUGAACGCCUUGGAGCGUAAGCGCCGUAAACAGAGGAAGGAUCCCAAACACAGCAUAAGCUCCAUUCGUGCGUACGAGGAUGAUAUACAGGCCCGCGUGAAGGAAAUCGCAAGGGAGUUUGUGGAGAAGGAGCGUGAGUUUCUUGACGCGGAGCCGGAGGGUAUUAUGCUUCGGUACGUGCCCAUUAAUAGUGACAAGAAAUUUCGUAGGCUGGAAAUUGAAAGGCGCGAAAAGCUGCGACACUCUUCAUCAAAGAGUGAUAACGCUGCUGUAAAAGAACUUGAGGACAAGAUGAACGAACGGGCCCACGCCUUGGCGAAGGAAAUGUUAUGGAAGAAUAUCUCGUUUCUGGAUCCUGAGCCUCUUGGUGUACCGCUCAAAGAUGUCCCAUUCGAAAACGACGAAAAGUUCAAACACAUUAAUGCGGUUCUUUGCAUGGAAGUGCGUGGAAACAAGGCAAAAGUUGGAGAACUUCAAGAAGCAUUGAACGCUCGGCUGUAUGAGUUGGCGGCGAAAUUGCUGGAAGAGGAACGUGCCUUUCUUCCUCCCGCGCCGUUUGGAAUUCCUUUGGAAGAACUUCCUCUGAAUGAGGACUUGCAGCUGCGCGCUAUUGAACGGGCGAGACGAAAGAAGCGUGCCCAAUCGCUGGAUGACUCGGAGGAAAAGGCGGGAAUGACUGAGCGUGUGAUGAAAAUUGCGCACAGUGUGCUGGAGAGCGAUCGGGGGUACCUGCAUCCCAAUCGCUGGGAAGUUCCUCUGAAGAGCCUCGCACUUGACACAGACUCGGUGUUCCAUCCACUUGAAUUGGAGAGAAUCAAGCUGAAGAGGGAAGACGCGGUUGACGGGGCUGAAAUCAGGGAAAUUGAGAGGAGUUUGAAUGCUCGCGCGUUGCAGCUAGCAGAGGAAUACAUCAUAAAGGAACGUGCAUUUCUGGAAGAGGAGACGAAUGGUGUGCCACUGAACAUGUUGGCCCUAGACGAGGAUGCUACGUUUCAUACACUGGAGGUGCAACGGCAGCGUCUACGAAACAGCACGGAAGGCAAGGAAGAAAGAAUUGCAGAGGUGGAGGGAAGAAUGAGGCGACGCGUGCGUGAGUUGGCUUUUCAGUACCGCGGGUGGCAGGAUGAGGAAUUCCAUGAGGCGAAUAAACACAUGGCAGAGGAGUGGCCACGCAUCUGUCAGCUCUACCCAGAGGGUGUCCGUGACUCAGUGGUGCCGGAGAAGUUAUCAUCGGGCGAUGUGAUCUCGGCCCCCGGGAACAAAAGCUACCUGGCACCCUUUAUUACCGCCCUCGGUCGGCAAUUUCUACCUAUUGACCGUUUGUUUGAGACAAAGUGGCAUCCUCCAAACGGUCCAUAUACUUGCGUCUUUUAUGAUUCUAACAGUAUUCUAGUGCGCGUGGACAUUGAUGAUCGUGUUCCUGUGGAUGCAAACAUGGAGCCGAAGUUUACACGAGUUCCAAGGCAGUCGUGGUACCCCCUCUUGCUGGAGAAGGCCUACGCGAAAUUUGUUGGCGGGUACUCACGGCUUGACCAGUGCGCGCCCCAUGAAACGUUGCGUGACUUAACAGGCCGCCCAGUGACACACACUCUGUUUGUGGACGAGCUGGCGGAAGCUGCUGGCACCGGUGAUUUCCGUUCCGUGAAUUUCUGGGACAGUGUGGCGAAGGAUCUGGAGCGUGGCGAUGUCAUUGUAUGCAUGUCCAGCGUGGACCCCGUGGAUGGCAUUCAUCCGCAGUGCUGUUACGCCGUCCUGGGAGUUAUUGAAACAGCUGGGGAGUCAAGUGGCCCGGCGGACGUUGUUGUGAAGCUACACAACUGUUACUUUGAUGCGCCAACUUACAAUGGCCCGCUCAACCGAGAGGACCCGCGCUGGGAUGAAGGGUUGAAGCAAAUAUGCAGCUUUGAUCCGUCGCGUGAGGAGCAUUUGUACUUGCCACUGCCCGUAUUUUUGCGUAAUUUCUCCAGCAUGCAGCAAUGCCACAUUAACUGCGGUGACCGCCUCAGUGCUUCUGGGGAGUGGAACAAGAAGACUUGCGGGGGCAGUCCAAUGUUCACGACUUUUCGGAGCAAUCCGAUUUAUUUGGUGGAGAAUAAGUCUACGCGUCCGGUGCGAAUUCUGGCCGAGUUGCACCAUGAGGCACCGUCCUCUACAGACAGAGACGGCGUGAAUCACUACCACCAGACGGGCUUGGCUGUGUUACAGCCGGUACAUGUGAGGAUGCCACCAAGUCCGCUUAUUACGCAUAACACACACCGUUUUAUCCAAAAAGGUAUGAUGCUGGAUACUAGGGAAGUGUGUUCGCAACCGGAGCUUCCACCCAACAUGAGUUGUUACCUCGUUCCGUACACCCUGAAGCGCGGCUGCCAGGGUAGAUUUACUCUUUCUGUCUAUCAUGGGUUGGCAAACGUGACGUUGACCCCGUUGCGGAACGCCGGCCUUAGCCGUGAGCCAUUGGUAACAAAGGUGGCACUCUAUCCUGGCAAUAAGGAGGGGACUCGUGUGGACUUCUUGUUAAAAGAUACUAGCGACGUGCAUAUUUUGCUUCGCCAAGCGAAGGCGACGCGUUCAACGCUAUUGGACUGCAGUGAUCUUGUGGCGGAGGAUUUGGUGUCGUUUCAUGUUUGCAAUGAAUAUGGUAUUAGGGAGGCGAGUACCGCAGCUCUGAGCGAUGCCCGUGAACAGGCGCUUAUCUUCCGUGCUGUGCAAAGCGGACGCUACUCAAUCAUAAUGGUUUGCGCAGGCAGGCGUAGGCAAGAAGCUUGUCCCUGUCGCCUUUUUGUCUUUGUGGCGAAGGAAGUUGGGGUGGAGUUUGUUUCUGUCCCUCGUGACGCGAAACCACUUGGGUCACAGCCACGCCUACCGGCGCUCCCAAGAAGUGCUCCCUACACCUCUCGCCCGGAAGGUUACGUCCGGGCCUAUAGUCAGGACCGUGUGGUGUAUCGCAGCGACUCCCUGUCACACGUUUAG